AUGUCCUCUGGCGGCGAGCGCAAAGUCUCGGGCUCCCUGAGCCGCAGCACAAGGGGCACCGCGCCGCGCCUCGCUGACCUGGGAGAGUCGCCGCGAACACCCAUCCUACGAACCAUCUCAUCCUCCUUCGGCUCGCCUGGCGGCUCCUUCCGUACCGAAGACGAAUAUGUCGUGAUCGAAGUUGGCUCACGCUUCGUGCGCGCCGGCUUUCCCGGCGAGAGCGCCCCGCGAUGCACCCUUCCGUUUGGGCCCGACGACCAGCGCAGGGUGGGCGACUACAGGCAGUGGGACCCCCAAUAUACGCACAAGAGACGAAGGCGGAAGCGGCGUCUGGACUGGGGGCACGAGUACGAGCUCUACCGGACGGACCUGAGCAAGGUCGACUUGGGGCUGGUCGAGGACAAGUUCGAGCGGGCAAUGCGAGAGGCGUACGGCAAAUACUUCUUGCUCGAUACGAAGCCACGUCGCGUGCUACUUGCCAUGCCGCCCCGCAUGCCGCAUGCACUCAUGUCGACAGUUCUUGAUGUGCUGUUUACGAGCUUCCAAGCCCCGAGCAUCACCCUCAUGUCCACGCCAGUGCUGUCGACCGUGGCAGCAGGAUUACGCUCAGCCUUGGUUGUGGACAUUGGCUGGGCCGAGACACUGGUAACCGCAGUCUAUGAGUAUCGCGAGGUGGCUGAGAGGCGCAGUGUACGAGCAGGCAGGCUGUUGAGCGAGGACAUGGCCAAGCUACUCAACGCCGAACUCGACGACGCUGAGCCGGGCCCUACCAAGGCAGACGUAUCUUUUGAAGAGGCAGAGGAAGUCCUUACGCGCGUCGGAUGGUGCAAGCCUGUCCCUAGGUCAAACCGAAGAACCGUAUACUUUCCCGCACGAGAAGCGCCUGUGCUAGAGGAGUUUGAAGACGCCGUCGAGUCACCGCCGCCUACCGUCACCAUACCCUUCCCGAAACACACCCCUCCUACUGAACUCACCAUAUCCUUCGCAUCACUAGCCAAGCCCACCGAGAAUGCUCUCUUUGCACCAGAGUUAGCCAUACACGAGUUCGACGACGAAGACCUCCCGCUGCAUCACCUCAUAUACCGCGCCCUCGUCCAGCUGCCCAUAGACGUCCGUCGACUAUGCAUGUCGCGUAUCGUCAUCACAGGCGGCGUGUCCAACUUGCCCGGUCUCAAGACACGCAUACUGAAGGAGCUGGACGCUCUGGUACAACUCAAGGGCUGGGAUCCAGUCAAGAGCUAUGGGAAAGCAAGCGCGCGUCGCGAAGAGAAACUCCGAAACCAGAGGGAGGAUAUGGAGAUGCGCCGACAAGAAGGUGAGGAUACGUUCCCCUCGUCGCUCGAUGCGAAUGCACCGCCUGCCCAACUACCCGCAGCACUUCAAUCGCCCCAAGAAGAUCCUAUAGACACGAAGUUUGCUCAGAUGGCGAUACGUCACGGUCCGCCACCUGCUAGCUUGGUCGGUGGCACCAUCAGAGGCGUAGAUACGUUAGGUGCGUGGGCAGGUGCAAGUCUGAUAGCACAGCAGCGCAUCAAGGGCAUCGUCGAAGUCGAACGCGAAAAGUAUCUCAAAGAUGGUUUACAAGGAGCCACAAGAGAGAAGGACGUCUCUGUAAUCGCACAGAGGCAGAGCAUGGGCCCUGGACUUUCUACCAAGGGCGGAGAGAGAGCUAGCUGGACUCUAGGUGUGUGGGCAUGA